AAUUAUUAUUACGUUCCUCUCCAUUCUGCUUCUUUCUGGUGCUGCUGCUGAAAUCGUGGUAGGUCAGUUAGACCAUGCAUGGUAGACGCUGAUUUUGCUUUCGGAACUCUUUGCGGGUUGCGGAGUAGCAGGAACCUAAAUUUGUGGAUAAUAGACAGGAAGAUCUAGUUCCUAAUGUCCCCGGUUUGACGCGACUGAACGACAGCACAGCACAGGGUGUCUGAGUGUUGUCUUCUAGCAAAGCUGCGGAGUCUAACCUCAGGGGCCUUUGCGCAUAUCGUUAUGAUAAUCACGCAGCGAUCUCAUUCAAGAUCCCCAGGGCCCAAGGACACGCUGCGCUACGACCACGUGCUUUGAAAAGCUUGACCAAGCUGCGUCGCGUCAGGGUCUUGAGUGAAACACCCAAGAAUCUACAUGGCGGAAGAGGGCCGCGGUCAGGUAAUGGCCGACAUCAUGGGUAGCAGUGCUGGCGGUUACGAUGUGUUCUUUAUCGACCCACUGCGCGCCGCUCACCAAUGUCCGAUCUGCACCAUGGCCCUGAAGACACCGGUUCAGACCAGCUGCGGACAUCGAUUCUGCAAGACUUGCAUCAAUCCCACUAUUGCUGGUGUUGAGAAUGCGCAUUGUCCUGUGGACGGUGAACCUGUGGACAAGACGUUUGCGGACAAGUGCUGUGAGCGUGAGGUCCUAUCACUGGGAGUGCGCUGCGAUAACUACCUCAACGGCUGUCUAUGGAGUGGUGCACUCCGAGAUUUAAUGGACCACAUGGGCGUUUGCAGGUACAAUCUAGUGCGCUGUCCGAAUCGCGGCUGCGAGGCGCAGCCCAUGUUCCAGUGCGAUCUGCACCGUCACGUCAACGAGGAAUGUUUGUAUCAGCCAGUGCCAUGUCGCCUGUGUCGCAUGAACGUAGCGCAAGCCCUCAUGCACGACCACUUUUCACAGGACUGCAUGGACUACGAGAUCCAGUGCCCCAACGGUUGUGGAAACAGUGUUAAACGCAGAGAUUUUGAGCGGCAUACGGCUCAGGACUGCUCACACAUUGUGUGUACUUGUCCAUACCAAAGGUACUCGUGUCAGUUCGAGGCCACACGUGAGGAAAUGAACAAGCACUGUCAAGACAACCAAGAACAGCAUCUGGACAUGGUCGCUAAGCAAACCCAGUCUCUGGAAGGUACGAUGGAUAAGAUGCGUAACUCACUGUCCCUUCAGCAGCAAACUAUAUCCCUGUUGGAAGAAAAGCUCCAAGAAGAACAAGCAGAAUGGAAGCGGCUGGCAGAGAUGCAAAAAUCGUCAGCGUCUCUCGAUCCUGCUGCGUUGAUGGCUGACAGUCGGUUCCAAGCGGCGCUGAAGGUUUUUCUCGGUGACCAGUUUGAAUCCAGGAUGGCAACUAAGGCCGCGAACAUCCAGAUAUCUGUUCAGUUGUGCGAACAGAGGAGCAUGCAGGCCGAUGAAAGCUGCCAGCUACUGAGGGAAAGAAUUCAAGAAAGUGCGAACCCACUGGGCCAGAUGACCGUUACUGCAGCACGCAGCGAUGCCGCGCUGGCUGAAGUUGAUUUACGUCUGCUUGCUGUGGAAACCAAUAGCCACAAUGGUCUGAUCAUCUUCAAGAUCAACAACUUUGCACGAAGGCACGAGGAGGCGCGUACCGGCCGACGAGUCAGUCUUUAUAGUCCAACGUUCUACACCAGCCGUCACGGUUACAAAGUCUGCCUCCGCGUCUACCUCAAUGGUGAUGGUUCGGGCAAAGGCUCCCACAUCUCCGUCUUCUUCACCAUCAUGAAGGGAGAAUUUGACGCGUUGCUCGAUUGGCCGUUCAGGGCCAAGGUGACGUUUGCCAUCCUUGACCAGGGACCAGCUCGCCAUCACCGCAUUGAGUCGUUCAUCCCGGACCCGAACAGCAGUUCAUUCCAGAAACCCGUCAACGACAUGAACAUUGCCAGCGGAUGCCCGAAGAUGAUCAGCCACUGCGAGCUCUACAGGCAAGCCGAGAACUUCUUGGCGGGUGAUUGCUUGUGGGUGAUGGCCGAUGUGGCCCAAUUGCCAGCGCAAGUAAGUCGCCUGUGAGGACCUCCGGCGCAUCCCUUCAAGCUACUCCCAGCGCUAGAACAGCUCUGAACCUGUGAGCCAUUGACAUCAGCUGUGGCUGUGAGGAGGCUUGUCCUGGGCAACGCGCCAGUCUCUGCAGCCCAAUGUCCCGAACACUCUGCGAACUUGCCUGCGAGUCUCGUACUGGAACUGAAAUUACUAUGAACUUGAAUGCAUUACAUACUUUGAUCUGUCAGAAUGUGACUACUCUGAAGAUCCAAGACUGCGCCGAUGCGGCUACAUGCUCCCUGCGGACUUGCUUUGAAUACUCACUAUCGUAAUUGAUUCUGUUGAAAAGGAAUGUUUAUGGCUCUGGCUUAUGCUCUGGCUUAUGCUCUGGCUUAUGCUACCACUACUGGCUGUGUACCUGUUGGUUUCACAUUAUAUGCUUACACACACAUACACACACACGCACAUACACACACACGCACACACAUACACACACACACACACACACACAUACACACACUCACAUACAUACACGCAUGCGCACGCACACACCAUCACACACCACAUUUCCACCGCCCCCCCCCCCCCCCUACUAAGAAUGGCUUAGCGGCCUUGAUGGAUGUUGACAUGAAUUCGUGGAUUGUUGUUGAUGUUCUGGAUCCACGUGAUUUUUUAUGACUACCGACUGGAAUUGAGGAAAUAAUUGUAUUGACACCCAUGAUCUUUCUCACGUUUCUGUUUUUGAUUGUGUCGCUUGCUGCAUGCAUAAUCAGCCUACUCUUCAGUGGUGAUGAUAAUUAUUAUAAUUUAUGACUGAUGCGAAACCAUGAA